AUGACCAUCACCAGUUCGGCAUCAGAAUCGUCACCAGUUCUACAUCUUCUUCAUCAUCGUCAAUCGCCACCUUCACCACCAUCGUUACCACCAGUGUUAUCAUUGUCGCUGUUACCACAGCCGCCACCACAGCUGCUUCUACCACCUCCCUGGCACCCCUACCAUCAUCCCCCCAGCACCCCUACCAUCAUCCUCCCAGCACCCCUACCAUCAUCCUCCCAGCACCCCUACCAUCAUCCCCCCAGCACCCCUACCGUCAUCCCCCAGCACCCCACCGCCAUCCUCCCAGCACCCCUACCGUCAUCCCCCCAGCACCCCUACCAUCAUCCCCCAGCACCCCUACCGUCAUUCCCCCCAGCACCCCUACCGUCAUUCCCCCCAGCACCCCUACCAUCAUCCCCCAGCACCCCUACCAUCAUCCCCCCAGCACCCCUACCGUCAUUCCCCCCAGCACCCCUACCAUCAUCCCCCAGCACCCCUACCAUCAUCCCCCCAGCACCCCUACCGUCAUUCCCCCCAGCACCCCUACCAUCAUCCCCCAGCACCCCUACCAUCAUCCCCCAGCACCCCUACCAUCAUCCUCCCAGCACCCCUACCAUCAUCCCCCAUGGCACCCCUACCGUCAUUCCCCAGCACCCCUACCAUCAUCCUCCCAGCACCCCUACCAUCAUCCCCCCUGGCACCCCUACCGUCAUCCCCCAGCACCCCUACCAUCAUCCUCCCAGCACCCCUACCGUCAUCCCCCAUGGCACCCCUACCGUCAUCCUCCCAGCACCCCUACCGUCAUCCCCCCGGCACCCCUACCGCCAUCCUCCCAGCACCCCUACCAUCAUCCCCCCUGGCACCCCUACCGUCAUCCCCCAGCACCCCUACUGUCAUCCCCCCUGGCACCCCUACCAUCAUCCCCCCAGCACCCCUACUGUCAUCCCCCAGCACCCCUACCAUCAUCCCCCCAGCACCCCUACCAUCAUCCCCCAUGGCACCCCUACCGUCAUUCCCCAGCACCCCUACCAUCAUCCUCCCAGCACCCCUACCGUCAUCCCCCAUGGCACCCCUACCGUCAUCCUCCCAGCACCCCUACCGUCAUCCCCCCGGCACCCCUACCGCCAUCCUCCCAGCACCCCUACCAUCAUCCCCCCUGGCACCCCUACCGUCAUCCCCCAGCACCCCUACCGUCAUCCCCCAGCACCCCUACCGUCAUCCCCCAGCACCCCUACCAUCAUCCCCCCUGGCACCCCUACCGUCAUCCCCCCAGCACCCCUACCGUCAUCCCCCAGCACCCCUACCAUCAUCCCCCCUGGCACCCCUAUCGUCAUUCCCCCCUGCACCCCUACUGUCAUCCCCCCUGGCACCCCUACCAUCAUCCCCCCUGGCACCCCUACUGUCAUCCCCCCUGGCACCCCUACCAUCAUCCCCCCUGGCACCCCUACCGUCAUCCCCCCAGCACCCCUACCCACCCCUACUGUCAUCCCCCCUGGCACCCCUACCAUCAUCCCCCCUGGCACCCCUACUGUCAUCCCCCCUGGCACCCCUACCAUCAUCCCCCCUGGCACCCCUACCGUCAUCCCCCCAGCACCCCUACCCACCCCUACUGUCAUUCCCCCCAGCACCCCUACCGCCAUCCUCCCUGGCACCCCUACUGUCAUUCCCCCUGGCACCCCUACCGUCAUCCCCUCUGGCACCCCUACCGCCAUCCCUCCUGGCACCCCUACCGUAUAG